CUGUUUACAAGCUGGUAACCCUAGACGCGUACGAAGCACAAGAGAACGAGCGAAGAACUCGCGCGCAAAGCUCACGAUGCCACAAUUAACCUUGUACCGCGCCAAUGGAGCCUGCUCAUUAAUUCCUCAUGCCGUCCUUGAGGAGCUAGGCAUCAAGUUCAACACAGUUCUCCUCAACCGUAACCCCGACGGCUUCGACGCUGCCGACGGCAGCUUCACCAAUGCCCAAUAUCGCAACGACGUCCACCACAUGGGUUAUGUGCCGGCUCUGAAAGUCGAUGGGGACAUCAUCACGGAGAUGCCCGCAGUUUUGACGCUCAUAUCUGGCUUGGCACCUGAACGCGGUCUCUCUGGCGACGGCCUCGUCCAACGUGCAAAGGUCCUCGAAUGGCUCGCGUGGCUUUCGGGUUCGCUUCACGGCAUGGGCUACGGGAUGUAUUUUAGGCCAGCCAGGUUUACUGACGACAAAGACCUUCAUGAGACGGUGCGCGAACGGGGCAAGUCAAUCAUCGAGGCUAGCUUCGCACGGAUUGACAAACUCCUCCAAGGAAAGCCAUUCGCAGUCGGAGAAAGGGAGACGCUCGUGGAUUACAACCUCGUCAUUUUCUGGUACUGGGCUCGCGGGGUCGGCCUAUCACUGAGCAACUUCCCCCAUUACGCGGCGGUAAUCAAGCGUAUGGAGGCCAAGGACUCGAUCAAGCGUGCCAUCGCGACUGAGGGGAUCACACCGUAUUUCUCAACGCAAUAGGUCUUUUGGGGGGGGGGGGGGGGGCUCUUGAUACUCUGAGCGCAUGAG